AUGAAAACGUGAGGAAUGACUCCCUGAUGCUCCGCCCCAAUGCUAAAGACACGUCAAACUUGGACCAAUAAUAAUCAAGCAUUCAAUAUGGACGUUUGCCAGAACAAAACAGACAGUUUUUCAACAACACCGUCAAAAUCCUCUUAGCCAGUGAUAAAAUUAAGGCACUCUGACCUCAUUCAUUCUCAAAGCAUCAUUCGGGGCCCCCAAAGCUCCGGGGCCCCGGGCUGCUAAAAUCUAAAAUCCGGGCUUUGCUGUUCCCUUCCAGCCCAGCAGGCGGCGGAAACGGACCUCAGGUGACCCCCAGCGGAAGUAGAAGAAAAACGGCUCAAGCAGCAACACGGACUUGCGAUCCGCCAUUAUAGCAAAGUUAGAAGUUAGAAAACGGUUGUUUUAUCUUUUCAGCUAAUAUUUCAGCAACCAUGUCUUCAGCUCAGCAUCUCAGAGAUUUUAUCAGAGAGAGACUAACUGCUGCUGCUGAAGAAAUCUUCACUGAGGUCGAAAAAACCAUCAUUUGCUACGAGGAGCAGCUCGAUGCUCAGCGCAGGAUGAUGGGGAUCAACUGGAAACCGCAGAUAAAACUCAACAGAAUCGGUUCGGAGCUGCAGAGACAAAGUUCUGCAGACGUCCUACAGCAACAUGUCUGGAUGGAUGAGAAAGAUCCGAUGCAGAAGGUCCAAAAGCGUUUUGAGGGGACGUCCAGUCUGGACCGGGAGGAACCAGAAGCUUCACAGAUUAAAAAUGAACCGGAGGAACUCUGCAGCAGACAGGAGCCUGUCAACCUUCUGGAGAAACCCAGUGGUCAGGACAGGGAUUUCCAUGAAGUAGAACCAAACACUAAAAAACUCUGUCAUAACUACUCAUCCUUAACAUGUGAUGUUUGUGGAAAAACCUUUAAAUCAAAGUAUAAUUCUCAGGUGCAUCACAGAAUGCACUUGGGUUUAAAGCCAUUUGUUUGUACAGUAUGUGGAAAAGGUUUCUCUCAAAAAACUCAUUUAAAGGGCCACAUAAGCAUCCACACAGGCGAGUGGCCUUUUUAUUGCAAAAUAUGUGGCAGAGGUUGUGUUGACCGUCGGCGCCUGAAUAAUCACAUGCGUACCCACUCCAGGGAGAAAUCAUUUACUUGUGAAAUAUGUGGGAUAGGCUUCACCCUGCUGAGCUCAUUGAACUCCCACCUGAGGAAACACAACAGAGAGAGACUAUUUUCCUGUCCAACAUGUGGUAAAAUAUUCACCCGCAAAGUUUCCCUCAAAGCUCACAUGUGGGUACACACAGACCUCCGAACUGGACGAAGCUCCUACCACCUGGUUCUAGUUUACUCUUUAUCCCCAGAACCAAACCUGGAGGAGCAGCUUCAGUUUUUAUGUUCUUUUAUUCUGGAACAAACUUGGAAAGUUUAUUACAGAAAACUGGAAAGCUGCUGAAACCCUAAGUUUCUUGAAAUCAGUGGUGUCCAAAGUGGGCCCCUGAGGGCCGGGCCCCUGAGGGCCGGGCCCCUGAGGGCCGGGCCCCUGA